CGAAACAAACCGGAGACUCGACGUAACAUUCGAUGAUAUCAGCUGUUCGCUUGUGGUUUCUUCUUACUGACUUGGCCUAGAUCUAGCCUACUUUAUGAUGAAAGGUCAACGCCGGGCCCAAAGUACGACAUGAACAGCGAACAACAUCUUGAGGGGGUAUAGAAAUCUAAUACUUUGCGUGGCCUUCUAGAUCUAGAUCUAGACUGUUCUGAUUGUAAUUGAUUUAAUUUGAUUUUGAUUGAUUUCAAGCUCGACUUUUGAUUUGAGAAGUGAACGAUGUCGACAGUGUUCAACGUGGAUGAGUUCAAUACCUGCUUGCAGACAGCGGAGAUAGGACGAACAAUUGUUUACAAAGAUGUCACUGGAUCAACAAUGGACGAUGCGCGUCGUCUUGCCCAUUCAGGCCCGCGAGCUCUGCGACAUUCGAAGGAAGAUUUGGCCUAGAAGUAGCGGCUUGCUUGGCUGUGCUUGAUACAGUCCAACAGCUCGGGGUCACAACCGCCAAAGCAAAAUGGCCGAACGAUGUGUGGGUCAGAGGUCAUAAGCUGGCCGGUUUUUUGGCUGAGGACGGAAAAUUUGAAAUACCCGGUUCCAACAAGUGCCUUAUGAUCCUGGGGAUUGGUCUGAAUGUGAACGCAGACACUCGGAGAAGCGCGGAGCUGUGCAGCAUCGCGACAAGCCUGCGCUGUGAGAGGGGCGGGCUUCCUGUGCCCAGAGAAAGUUUCUUCGCAAACGUUUGUCUGGCCCUGGAGCAGAAGCUCUCCACCACUAGUCAGGUGAACCUGGAGGCCUUCAGGGCGCAGAAUCUUUUCCAGCCGGCCAGCAGUGUUUCCGUGACGUGCUCGUCUGACGGCAAGUCGACUGACGCCGAGUUUGUGGACAUCUGCAGCAACUGGGAAGUUAAGUUCAAAGAGAAAAACUCUGAGCAGGUGACACAAGGCAGGUCGGACAAGUUUACCGUACGCCCGCGCGUGAGCCGCACACUGAUGGUGGUGUUCACAGGGAGCUUGGAGAAGACCGUGGCCCAGCCGCUGGCUCGAUGGCUGACCUCCCUGGUCGACACCACGCAGUAUGUUGUCUCCCUUGUGCCCGAAUCCUCCGUCACCCGAUCAGUGGACUGGUGCAAAAACUGCUCUCUCCUGCUGCUGACCAGUCUACCUAGUCAGCCCGAUGUGCUCCGAGAUAACGUCCAGAUUUUUCUGUCUUCUGGCGGUCGUGUUAUGGCUGCCGGCACGGCGUCUCAGUUUAUGGCGGAAGUCUUAGGUGUGCCGGUGAGAAAAGCUCUCCUGGCUUCGUCUCACAUCCACCCAGAGCUGGGUCUCUUACACCUGCACACAACUCGAACCUCAGCGACGUCCACCCGGCUGGCCACCACCACCACCGGAGAACCUCACCGGCUGGACAACGACCAAGUUUGUGCCCCUGGCGCCCCCUCGCUGCACCCCAACCCUCUCCACUCUCUUCUCUUCCCCACAAAUCCUGUGUGCUUCCAGUUUCUCGAGAUGGGACAAUGCCAGCUUUCCAGCGCCUCGUCUGAUCCCUCCAAUGAUUCAAAGGAGAACUGCGACAACAAGAACGGAGCGCCAUCUGCAGUCGUUGUCCAAGAAGCCGACAUGCCGAAAGAGUGUCGCGACCCUGGUGGAGAUCACGUCUCGGAAACUGCUUCGGCAUCUUCUACCGUCUCUGAAGUUAUUGCGCAUUGUGUCGAUGAAGGACUUUCGAAAGUGGCUGUGUUAAUGUGUGACUCCGGGCAGGGAGGGCGUGUGCUGUUGUGUGGAUUUGACCUUGGGGUGCUGUACUCUACCCGCGGCCUGGAAGAUUUGUUCACGGCGAAAGGUGUCACAGCUGACGAAGUUCGCGCCGUAAGCACUGAUAAUUUCCACCGAGAUAACUUACUCUUGUAUAUGCUGGAUAAAAUAUUGGGAUGAAUAUCGCCAGUCACAUCAGGCAUGAGCAAGCUUGUCCAAGUGGUUGACUUGAUAAAGAUUUCCAAAUAUCUUGCAGGUCAAAGCAGGAGACCCUUGAGUGAAAUCGGCUGAAAAUACCCAAGUUCUCAGAAGUGAGACGAAAACUGACAUUACAGUAUAAAUGUUUCUCAAGGGCAUUUCAUUAGAUGAAUAAAUGUUAGAUGAAGGAUA